AGCAAAGGGCUCUCCCUCUCUCUCUCUCUCUCUCUUUCUUUCUAUCUCUAUAUGUGUCUUUCUUUCUAUCUCUCACUCGCUCUCUCUUUCUAGCUUAGUAGCUCCUGGUGUUGUCUGUAAUCUAUAAAAGUUGGAUUUUUGUGCUACCUUUGAUGUUUAUGCUUAGUACCCAAUUGGUGAAAUUGGUUUUUGCUGUCGAAUUUAAUCUACAUAGCAUUUGAUGCUCCCCUGUUGAUACUGUCAGACACAAACCCAGUAAAGUGAACUGUGCUAAAUCCUGUCCCUUUCAGUUUCACCGGUCAUCGCAGGAUUUGAGUAGAAUUUGAUGCCUUUGGUCGUUCCUUGUUCUUGGAUUCCCAUCCCAGAAUUUAUUAGCAAGAGUUUCCGCAGCCCUUCCUGUCCUGUCUUUUAAAUCAAUAACUAAAUUCUUAAAAAAAAAUAAAAUAAAAAAAAUACUUAUUUGUUUGUUUGGAGUUUGUUCAAUGUGUUGUUCCAAGCAAAGCAACUCUCGUCUAUAGUGAUAAUAAUCUUAGAUUAACAUCAAUCUCGUCGAGGUGUUUUUUGAUGGAAUAUUUGAGAUUUUAGUUGUUGUUGUGUGGACAAAGGAGAAAAGGGAAUCUGCUUUACUUGUAGUUUGAUGAGCUGUUAUGGCUAAUCCCAUUGUUCGUCUGUCUAUGUUCGCUUUAUGCUCUGAAGACUGAAAGGUUCACUUUCUUGUCUGUGAGGAAGCAUUUUUACCCCUUUUCCUCAGCAUUGAAGUAGGAGUAGACUUGAUACUAGGGUUUUUGAAGGAACAGGUAACAAGCUGGUGAUUUUGAAGAGUAGAUUCUAUUCCAUUUUACUUUUUAUUAUCUAAGCUACAAUGAGGGUUUUCUUUUACUUUAACUUCCUCUCCAGUCCUAUAAAGCUGUCAAGCUAUUUGUUCCUUGUUUAGUCCUGCAAGAUAUCUCUCCAUCCAACUUAGUCAAAAUUCGCUUUCCCUUUAAUCAUUUGCAGUUGUUUAUUUCUUCUUCUGUAUUAUACCUAAAUGCACCCCUGGUGUCAUCAAAUUGUUAAGUCUGGAUUGCACUAAUUGAUUCAUAUAUAUAUAUAUACAUAUUUAUAGGUUAGUUUUCAUAGUUGUAACGGUUUAGGCAAUAUUGAAUUCAGAUGGGUAGUGGUCAGGAAAAUGCAAUGGGGUUUCAACAUGGAAAUGAGAGCAUUCUGACUUGUCCUUCAUCGGGUUUGAGUGCAAAUGUUUCAGAGAUGGAUAUUAGUUCUGUGUCUAUGGUUAAGCCUUCUUCAGAUGUAGCUAAUCCUUUUCUUGCUUCUUCUGCUUGGGAUCCACUUGUUUCCUUGAGUCAGGCUCAAACUUUUGGAGGCUCCUCUUCAAUUGUUUCUCAUAGUGAGUUUGCCAAUGCCAAUUCAUCUUACCCUCUUGUUUUGGAAAAUCAGGGAAUGAGCAGCAACUCUCACCUCGUUCAAUACAUGUCUGAGUCAAAUCUUGCGGGCAUGGUUCCCAAGGUUCUUCCCUCCUAUGGAAGUGGAAGCUUCUCAGAAAUGGUUGGUUCCUUUGGCCAACCUGGGUCUGGUGACAUAGCUGACACAGGGUAUCGAUCACAUUAUAAUCCCAGCAAGGAUAUUGGAAUCGAAAGGGCAACAAUACAUGGUGAACAAUCUCAGAUUGAGGACUCAACUCUUGAAGAGGGAGCCCCAGGAUCUGCACCUAGUGGACUUAGGAGAAAACGAGGGCUUGAUCAUAAUUCUACUUUCAGUCCAAACAAGAAUGCUGAGAGUGAUUUGCUGAAAGAUUCUCCUAUGAAGAGCUCUGAUGGUGCAAAAGAACAUGAAAAGAAACCAAAAGUUGAGCACAAUACUAGUGCUGAUUUGCGUGGGAAGCAAGCUAAAGAUAUCUCUCUCAGUGGAGAAGCUCCCAAAGAUAAUUUCAUUCAUGUGAGAGCUCGAAGAGGUCAAGCUACGAACAGCCACAGCCUUGCAGAAAGGGUGCGAAGAGAAAAGAUUAGUGAGCGAAUGAGGUUGCUUCAAGAACUUGUUCCAGGAUGCAACAAGAUAACUGGCAAAGCAGUAAUGCUGGAUGAGAUCAUAAACUAUGUACAAUCACUGCAGCAACAGGUUGAGUUUUUGUCCAUGAAACUUGCCACAGUGAACCCAGAACUGAAUUUUGAUGUAGAAAGGAUUCUAUCCAAGGAUAUUCUCCAAUCACGCAUAGGACAUGGAAUUGGUGGAUAUGGUCCUAACAUCAGUUCCUCCCACCCAUUCAACAAUGGAAGUUUCCAGGGUACCAUGGCUGGCAUGCCUAGUACAUCAACACAAUUCCCUCCUUUGCCCCAGACUGUUUUGGACCAUGAGUUUCAAAGCUUCUAUGGAAUGGGAUAUGAUUCCAAUACAGCACUUGACAAUUUGGGACCCAAUGGGCGGUUGAAAACAGAGUUAUAGUGUGUGGAAUAUACUAUAGCCUUGUUUCAACAACAAAGAGACUUCUGAGUUUUUCAGUUGACUGCACAAUUUAACUGAAGUUGAAAAGGAGGGGAAAAUAGAGAGGGAAAGGAAAAAAAUAAAGGAUUUAGUUGUAUAGGAUCUUAAUACCUAACUGUUGGCUCUUCGAAUUUUUAGCAGAAGAUGACUUGUUAGAUUUUAUCAAUUGGAAAAUGAGUUACACAUGUUAUGUGAAUAUGUGUAAAAUCUAGAUCAUUCAGAACAAGUUGCAGUGGUCUUAUUUAAUGACAUGGAGGGCAGUAUUUGAGGAACAUGCGAGCAAAGUGUGUGCGUGCAACUAUUCAUUACUUUUAUAAAAUUAUGUAUAGAGUUGCCUGGCUAGGAUUUUUGAAGCUCAUUGUUUUCAACAGUGUUUCA